AUGCGCCGACCGUACCACCCGUUCCUUGCGCGGCACCCGCCUACCCACUGCGCGCGCGUCUCCACUCGCUGCGUCCGCACGCCGCAGCGCGGCAGUCCGCGCGUCACUCCCUCCCGCUCAAGGCGUCUUCCAGCCGCUGGCGGCGGCGUUGCGGCGCCUGCCGUCACCGGUCGCCACAGGACGCGCGGCGGAGACGGCGGACGAGGCGGCGUUGGUGGCGGCAGUGGGGGCGGUGAAGGGGCGGGGGAGAGAGGUGACGGACGAGCAGCGGCAGGUGAGCGCGGGGGCACACAGAGAGGGCCGUCGGGGAUGAGCGCCAUGCGCCAGGUGUGCGCGCGCAGCGUGCCCCUCGUCCCUCUCUCGUUGCCUUUCUGUCCCCUCCCACGCCCUCCCUGCGCUCGCCUCCGCGUGCACCAUGUGGCACGGCGCUGCUGCACGUGUCCCCCAGCGGGGCGCCAGCGUGCUGCCAUCGUAGUGGGCACGCACGUGAUGGCGCCGUGCGUGGUGCCA